CUUUCUCUCCAGGGGUGUCAAUGGUGGCCACGGCAGUGGGCCUUUAUCUCAUCCCUUUCUGCAAGACAGCAGUCUUACUGAUCGUGACCAUGUCUGUGUUCGGGGCUGCCAUUGGUGCCGUGGAUACAGGUGCAAAUGUCCUCAUCUUGGACCUUUGGGGGGACAAAGGAGCCCCACACAUGCAAGCCUUGCACUUCAGUUUCGCCUUGGGUGCCUUCCUGGCUCCCCUGCUGGCUAAAUUGGCCUGGGGUGCAUCAGCCUCCACUCAGAACCACACAGAGCCCGGCUUUGACCCUCUAGUGAUGAACCGGUCCUCUGAAGCCACCUCAGACUCUCUGUUUGCGGUACCCGAGGACAUGAACCUGCUGUGGGCUUACGCUUCCAUCGGAACCUAUGUUUUAGUCGUUUCUGUCUUUCUGUUUGCUCUGUUUUGUAAGAAAAGCUCAAGGCAGAGAAAUUCCACAGCAUCUGUUCAGAGAACUCGAAGAGCCAAAUAUCACUGGGCCCUGCUCUGUCUCCUCUUCAUCUUCUUCUUCUUUUACGUUGGAGCCGAGGUGACCUAUGGCUCUUACGUGUUCUCCUUUGCUACCACCCAUGUUGGCAUGGAAGAAAGCGAAGCAGCCGGCUUGAACUCCAUCUUCUGGGGGACCUUUGCUGCCUGCAGGGGCCUGGCCAUCUUCUUUGCAACAGUCCUACAGCCUGGAACCAUGAUUGUGUUGAGUAACAUUGGCAGCCUUGUCUCGUCUUUCUUUCUGGUGCUUUUUGACAAGAGCCGUCUUUGUCUGUGGAUCGCAACUUCUGUGUAUGGAGCCUCGAUGGCAACCACAUUUCCCAGUGGCGUUUCCUGGAUUGAGCAGUACACCAGCAUCAGUGGGAAAUCUGCAGCUUCCUUUGUAAUUGGUGCUGCUCUGGGAGAUAUGGCAAUGCCUGCAGUAAUUGGGAUUCUUCAAGGACACUACCCAGAUCUGCCAAUAGUUCUGUACACCUGUCUGGGGUCGGCCAUAUUCACUGCUGUUUUAUUUCCUGUGAUGUAUAAAUUAGCCACCUUACCCCUGGAACGCCAGCGCAAAGGAAAAAGAAAACCUGAGGACCAGAAAGCUUUGUCCACUAGUUCUCGGCUAUGAGCAAGAAACUAAAUGAGAAGAUACAA